UGCAGCUUGUGUGCGCGCGCAAUUCAGCUGUGUCCCUUGCUCUGCAACUUUCUCCCCGCUUGUCGCCGACCGCCGAUUCAGUUUGCUGGCAGCAGCUCUUCCUCCUAGGUACCCGUGCUGUUUACUAGUCGCAUUGGUUCCUCGUGCUCGCCACCGAAUUUCGGGAGGACCCAAAAAAAGAAGUUACAGGAUCUUUGUUCUUGUUCGCCUACCGAUGUGUCAUGUGCGUAUUUGAUAAGAAAAAAACUCACUUUUAGGGGGAAAUUGUUGGAAAGUUCAGUCCUCGUUAAGCUAGCUUUUGCUUGAUAUAGUGUCUUGAUUAAGAGUAGUUUUUGUCUCUGGUAAUGAUUACAUACUUGUUCCUUUCCCCAAUGGGAUCUGUUAAUGGCAUGUGCUUAAUGUGCCCCUGCAGUUUGUCUACUUAAUAAUACUAUUUCUUUUUGUUAUUAUGUCUCUCUCUAUCCAAUUUCCCCUCCUGGGAUUCAUUUAUAUAUUGGAUGGAUGGCUGUCAGACUAAUAUCGUUGCCAUAUUUCUUAAUAAUUUCUGAAAUGUUAUAUUGAUUCACCACUGCAGUUGUCGAUAUCUGUAUUUUACAAUGUACAGUACAUGCUUCUUUGCUCUGCUUGUAGCAAGCAUCAAUGUGAUACAGAUUGGCAGCCUUUUGUAUUUCGUGGGUGAUGAUAAUUUACUGAGUGAGCAACCAUAGAGGGUCUUGGUAGGUUGAGUAUUUACAUGAUUGACUGUGGACUUGCCGAGAUGAUUUCUAGGAUAUCUUGCCAACAUGUUCAGGGUACAAUGUGAUAUUGUGUAGCUGUGGCGCUAUACAGACAAUACUCUGCAUAUCUUCUAGGAUUCAUUUAAGCGCCACAACCACAAUAAAUUAGAUUGCUUCUUUAGGCAGGGACCAAAGAGGCACAUUUAAUUCCUUUACCGGUUGUUUUUUGCCCACUUUGCAGCUAAUGACUUCUUUCAUAAGUUAGUUCUGAUACUGAUGUUCUGCAUGUCUAUCGCCAUUUUGCCAGGUUAUCACAAUUGUUUUUUUAUGCAGAUCUGGACACGGUUCUGAAAUUUUCAGAAGUGGCUAAUUGCCCUCUCUGUGGUUGCUUAGAGUAGGAGUAUGAGAUAUCUCUGACUCAGAGAGCAGAUUUUUUAUGGGAAAAGGAAGGCUCCAUAAGCAUCCCUCUGGCCGUCUUAUUGAAUCCCUCAAAAUGGAGAGGGUUAGGACUAUCCUGACUCAUAGAUACCCGUACCCGCAUGAGCACUCAAGACAUUUCAUGAUUGCCGUGAUUGUCGGCUGGCUUUUCCUCCUUUCAUCGGAUAACUUGCAGAACCUUAUAAUGAAAUUGGACAAGAAUUUCAAAUGGUGGUCCAUGUAUGCUUGUUUGAUUGGUUUCUUCUAUUUCUUCUCGUCACCGUUUAUUAGGAAGACUAUCAAGCCAAGCUACUCAAACUUUAGUCGGUGGUACAUUGCCUGGAUAUUCUUGGCAGCAUUGUACCAUCUCCCUAGUUUUCAGUCAAUGGGGUUGGAUAUGAGGAUGAAUCUUUCCCUCUUCCUCACCAUUUAUAUUUCCUCUCUAAUUUUCUUGAUCGUCUUUCACGUCAUAUUUCUCGGACUCUGGUAUUUAGGUCUUGUUUCUCGCAUGGCAGAGAAAAAACCGGAGAUGCUAACUAUAAUCCAAAAUUGCGCAGUUAUAAGUAUAGCUUGCUGUGUGUUUUACAGCCACUGUGGUAACAGGACUCUUUCAAGAGAUAAAUCUAUUGAUCGUAGAACUGCUAGCUGGGUUGCAUUUUCACUCUGGAGAAAGCAAAAUGAUGACAAUACACUGAUUUCAAGGCUAUUACGUAUGCAUAAGUUCAAAGACCAGAUUUGCUCAUCCUGGUUUGCUCCGGUUGGCUCUGCUAGUGAUUACCCACUUCUCUCGAAAUGGGCCAUUUAUGGAGAAUUAGCUUCCAAUGGAUCUCAAGACUCCAACAUCAUCUCACCUGUGUACUCUUUGUGGGCUACAUUCAUUGGUCUUUACAUGGCCAAUUAUGUUGUGGAACGGUCUACUGGAUGGGCUCUAACUCAUCCUUUGACAAUAUCGGAGUAUGAGAAUCUGAAGAAACUGUUGAAACCAGAUUUUGAGGACAUGGUUCCUUGGUACUCUGGGACUUCAACUGAUUUAUUCAAAACAGUUUUCGACCUCAUGGUAUCGGUGACACUCUUUGUUGGUCGAUUCGACAUGCGUAUGAUGCAGGCUGCUAUGAACAAAGGUCCAGAUGAAGCUAAGCACAGCGACCUUCUAUAUGAUCAUCUUGAUGCAAAAGACGAACUUUGGUUCGACUUCAUUGCAGAUACUGGCGAUGGUGGCAACUCUACAUAUGCUAUAGCACGUUUACUUGCUCAACCUUCUUUAGUCAUAAAAUCUGAUGAUUCCAGGCUUACAUUUCCCCGUGGAGAACUACUACUAAUUGGUGGAGACCUUGCAUAUCCAAAUCCAUCCGAAUUUUCGUAUGAGCGGCGUUUUUUCUGUCCUUUUGAGUAUGCUCUCCAGCCUCCUGCUUGGUAUACUCCUGAACAUAUAGCAUUGGAAAAACCUGAACUUCCCCUUGGAGUUUCUGAGAUCAGGCAGUAUAGCGGACCACAAUGUUUUAUGAUUCCUGGAAACCAUGAUUGGUUUGAUGGACUACACACAUUCAUGAGGUAUAUUUGUCAUAAAAGCUGGCUUGGUGGGUGGUUUCUUCCCCAGAAAAGGAGUUAUUUUGCAUUAAAGCUUCCAAAUGGGUGGUGGGUUUUUGGUCUUGACCAAGCUCUUCAUGGUGACAUCGAUGUUUACCAGUUCAAGUUCUUUGCAGAGUUAUGUCAACAGAAGGUUGGAGAGACUGAUUCUGUAAUCCUUAUAACUCAUGAGCCAAAUUGGCUUCUAGACUGGUACUGGAGUGAUAGAACUGGAAAAAAUGUAACAUAUUUAAUACGUGAGUACCUCAAGGGACGGUGCAAACUGCGGAUGGCUGGCGACCUGCACCAUUAUAUGCGUCAUUCUUGCGUCGAGUCCAAAGAACCAGUACAUGUACAACACUUGCUUGUAAAUGGCUGUGGUGGAGCCUUUCUGCACCCAACACAUGUCUUUGAGAACUUCAAGGAAUGCUAUGGGAACAAGUAUGAAACAAAGGCUGCAUAUCCUUCUUACGACGAGUCUAGCAAGAUUGCACUUGGUAAUAUAUUGAAAUUCCGAAGGAAAAAUUGGCAAUUUGAUGUCAUUGGUGGUUUUGUGUACUUCAUAUUGGUUUUCUCAAUGUUCCCACAGUGCGACUCAUUUCGUAUCUUACAUGAAGACUCUUGGGGUGACCGUAUGAAUAGUUUCUUCAUUGCAAUGUGGAAUGCUAUAUUUGAGAUUCUCGAGCAUUCUUAUGUAUCCCUAGUUGGUGUUGUUAUUCUAUUGAUGGUAUCAUUUUGUUUUGUACCCACAAAACUAUCACGAAGAAGACGUGCUUUGCUUGGUUUUCUUCAUGCUACUGCCCAUAUAACUUCGGCUGUACUACUGAUGCUGUUGAUGGAACUUGGUAUUGAGAUAUGCAUCCGCAACCAUCUAUUAGCAACAUCAGGAUAUCACACCCUCUACGAAUGGUAUCGAAAGGCGGAAAGUGAGCAUUUUCCUGACCCAACAGGACUUCGCGCACGUUUGGAACAGUGGACUUUCGGGCUUUAUCCUGCAUGUAUCAAGUACCUUAUGUCCGCGUUCGACAUCCCAGAGGUUAUGGCAGUAACUAGGACCACAAUCUGCAGAAAAGGAAUAGAGUCCCUUCCUCGGGGAGGUGCCAUUAUCUACUACGUCUGUGUCUUCCUGUACUUCUGGGUCCUGUCUACCCCCGUCGUGUCAAUGGUGUUCGGGAGCUACUUAUACAUAUGCAUAAACUGGUUCCAUAUCCAUUUCGACGAGGCCUUUUCCUCCCUGCGGAUAGCGAAUUACAAGGCGUUCACACGGUUCCACAUCAAGAAGAAUGGAGACCUUGAGGUGUUCACUCUGGCUGUGGAUAAGGUGCCGAAAGAAUGGAUGCUGGAUCCAGACUGGGACAUGGAGCCCAAGGAGCCGUACCAGAUGAGCCACAAUAGGAGGUUCCCAAGCAAAUGGCGAGCCGGCUCCGGAUGGUCGGAGCCGACCAGUACGGUGCGGGUUGUCGACCAGUUUGUCAUCCCACGGACGCCUAUGGAUCCUUCUUUAUCAGACCUUGCUACAUGAUUGACAUACAGGGGAAGCUGUUGUAAACUUGUAAUGUGUAACAUAGUAGUACCUGUGUUGCGAAAAGGCUGUAUAGUGAUCUAAGGUUUCUUAACUGACAUAGUAGCGUAGAACAAAGCUAGUAGGAAAGAUAGGGGUGAAGAAAUGUAGAAUCACGGGAGGGUGGAUGCUGUAGAUCUGUGUUGAAAUGAAACCUUGAUGGUUCUUAGCCAGCCUGUUAUAUUUUAUGCUUGUUUCACGUUUU